CAAGGUUGUGUCGUACAAGUGUUGUAUGCUUUUCUGCUACAGCUUUUUAGUUGGAAGUGUUUGAAAUUCCAGGCAUGGAUUAUGGAAAAUGAGAAUAAACAUCUUGUUAGUUCUUUAUAUAGCCUUAAAGGUUUUUAAGACAUAAGAAAUGAAGCAAUGUUUUAAGACGAGUCAGUGAGUGGUGCCAGAGUUCUUGGGGAAUCCCUGCUUGUGAACGUGAGACAAGUGGCGGCGGCGGAGAAUCAAGAUGCCACGUAUAAAACAAGGUCUCAUUGAAGAACGACUCAACAAUGAGAGCCAACUUCAUGGUUCAACCGCAUCAGGCAGUGCUUUUGGAGACUUUGCUAAAAUGUUGAUUGGAAAGCAGGAUUCUUUUACCAAGAAUGGAUAUGCUCUGGAAAGUUCUACCAUUCCAAAAACACAAUCUUAUAAACCUGUAUCUGUUUCCUUCCAAAAUAAUAUCUCAGGAAAUCACUCUUUGGAGUUAAGAACUUCUGAGCCUUCUUCUGAAAAGACUUCCUUGAGUGGAAUUGAAUCUUCAGAGUUGCUGAAAUACAGACCUGGGCUCGAAAACUUUUCUACUGUGCCAGAAGCAGAGUCUUCCACUGUCCCAACAAAUAGCUUCUUCAUAUCUGAUUCAAAGUUUCUUCACAAAAAUAUUGCAGCACAUUCUAGCAUGGGGCAAGAACAGUUUGACAGAUGUUAUAGUAAAUAUAAAGUUGAAAAUUGCUAUGGAACUACCCAUACCUUAGUAAAUAAGAAUUUGUUUACAACAAGUCAUGAGCUUGCUUCUCAAGUAAUUCGAGGAAAUGAAUGUGACAGUAUUGCAUUCACAGAUAAACUUGAUAUGCCAGAUGCUCAUACUUGUCCAAGGGAGACAGUUUUAAAACAAAACAGAAACUGUCUUUUAAAAGAAGAGACUCCAAUUGUAAUGAAAUCUGGUUGUUCCACACAGGUUUUUCAUGCAUCUUUACCUUCUGAAACACCUACAACUAUGCCAAACCCUUCUUUAAGGUCAGGCAAGAGCAGUGUGUCAACUCAAAAAGAAUUACUUGUUUUGAAAGAAUCUGAUGGCAACACAAAUAAAAAUUCUGAUAAAUAUGAGGAUUUAGUUAAUGUGGAGCAAGAUACUAAUAAGUGCAAUACAAAGUACAUUGAAACAAGAACUUCAUUUUUAGGUUACCCAGGUUUUAGAAGUGUAGCUCCUUUGGUAAAAAAUAACUUUCAAGCUUUUAAAAACACAUCUGCAUUUUGGACUGCUAAUCAGAACUUGCAUAUGCCAAGCUCUGUAUAUGGUACAAAAGGAGAAAAAAAUAGAAUAGAGUCUGUACUCCAUGGCAUAAGUAUACACCAAUUUUCUGUGAAUCCAAAGAUUGUCAAGUCUUCUGUGGAAAAGGAAAUGCUUGCAUCAGUAUAUUCCAAAAAUGACAUUCUUCCUACUCUUGGAAACAAAAAGAAAGAAAGUUUUCACAGUAACAGUGCCAAGACACAGUUCACAGGGAUUUCAUUACACAGAAGUGAACUAGAAAAAGAAGAGAGAGUUACUGAUGAUAAAUUUGACUUGAAGACUGGAAGUGUGGUAGAUUCACAUGUUCUUCAGGCUGCUGGUCAGCUAGAUAGUGUUUCCAAAGAGGAUAGUUAUUAUUCUGGAUCAUCAUCUCAGUUUUCAAAAGAACACAUUGUAAGUGACAGUCAUGCUCAUUUAAGCUCACAAAAGCUUUGGACUAAUAAUCAAAUGAACCAAUUAAACCAAUCAGAAUUUGAGAGUUCUAUUUUAAUGAAUAGUAAUAAUACUUUAGAACUUAAACAUCCACAAAAUCCAGAGGGCAGUAUUAUCAAGGAUCUAUUGUUAAAAACAAGAAACUCCAAGUUCUCUCCAAGUACAGAGAAUACUGAAUCAUCUAUAACCCAGUUCCAUGUACUAAAUACACAGAGGAUCUUCAUGUGCAAUUCAUGCAAUGCUGUAUUUUCUAAAGAAAGUAGUCUACUCACUCAUAAAACCAGUAAUUUAGAUUGUAUUGACAACACUAGUGAUGCGCUAUUCUCAAAACAGGAUUCUGAUUUAUACUCAUGUUCAUCUUCUAGUGGUUUUCUCAAUCAGGAUUCAAAGAAAAUUGGUGCAGAGUUUACUGACAAAGAACAUGAAGAAUGUCAAUCCAUUUUGAAUUGUAAUAAUUACUUGGCUUCUCUCAAACAUCAAACAUCAUCCUCUUUGGUUCAAAAAACUCCUCCUAAAAAAAGGAAGUUCCCAGAACAAUUGUUUGGUUUAAAUUAUGAUAAUCCCGAAAGGAAUUAUCAAGAAUGUCAAGAAUAUGAAAAACCCAAAGUAAAUGAUAGAGUGAAUCAUAAUAAAAAUGACACCGUGAAAAGCAAUACACAUGUAAGGUUGAAAACAAUGGAAGGUAACUUUAAUAAAGAACAGGCUAUGACAAACUCAGAAAUUCUUAUGCCUCCAGUUUUUGAAGAAGCGAGAUCUCCAUUAACUUCAGUACAAACUGCAGACAUUCUGGUUCUGGCUCCUGGAGCAACUAGUGCUGAAAUUGUUGAUGUUUCAAAAACACAUGAUUCCAGUGCUGUUUCUAAUUCAUUUAGUAUAGUAAAGGACUGGCAAAAAAACCUAAAGGUUGCAAGACAAGAUGAAUCAGAUGAACUUCUUUCAGCUCUCAACUUCAAUAAGCUUACUUCUAAAGUAUCAGAAAAUUUGAACAGAAAAAGUAUUAUUGCUUUUCCUGAUAAACUGCUUGAGAUAGCAAGUCCUUUGAACCAUUCUUCACUUAAGAGAAGUAACAACAAUAAAAAACAAUCAUUAAAUUCAAAUGUGCCAAGUUUACAUCUCCAGCAAGAUCAUGUGACCACUUCCUAUGAAUUUACAGACUAUAAAGCUAUGAAUAUUGGAUCUAGUAUGAUGGGAGAGCCCUUUAAAGCGCAGGGGUUGGUCUCACACAAUGGAAAUACAUCAGAGAAGGGAAUAUUCUUCAGCAAACUUGAACAGUCUCCAUCACUAAUUUUGUUAUCACCUUCCACUUCAGAUAGCACAAUAGGGACAAUCCUAGAAUGUCAGGAUAAACCAGGAAUGGGCACAUUGACAGAAACUUUAGAAUGUUCAGAUACAGAAAACUCCAACUCUUCAAUCCCAGAGGUUCCAACUUCAUUUAAACCAAUUGAAUUUUCUAAUUAUGGAAAGAGAAAGCGAGUUUCAACUAACCUUGAAGAAAUGGAAAAUGAUAAAGUUUCUAAAGUGAGUUUGAAAAGACCAACUUCAUUGCCACUUAAAAAGAAGCGGGUUACCGCCUGUAUGAUUGGUUCUACUUUGAUAAGUCCUGAAACUCCAAGACCAAGGAAAUCAUACAUUCAGCAAUACAUUAAUGGCCAAGCUUAUACAUACCUUGGGCUAAAGUGUUCAACUCGCUCAACUUUUUGCUGUAGCUAUCGACCACAACCUAUGUAUGUUCCACAGGAUACAGACCCUAAACUGUCAAUGUACUCUAACUGGCAGGCAGUUCCAGUAAAGAAUAAAGUCCUAAACUUGACACCAGGACAACACAUGGGGCUUUAUGAUUCACGACAGUGGUUACUUGAAAAGAAAAAUAUAAUGUCUCAAUCACUGUCUUUCCAACAGCUUAUCAACACACACUCUAGUUAUUGGAUUUAUAGUAUGCAAAAACAAUUAAAUACAGAGGAGUCUCAUCUCAGUAAGCCAUCAACAGAACAGUUGAAGUUGGAUCAAUCAAGUCUUGAAAUACAGGAUGAGGUGAACAACACAUCAAUCUGUGAUGACAAUAAAGCUAAUACUGAGAAAGACAACAAUAAUUGGAGAGAAAACAGGAUAGUUGCUGCAAAAGAAGUUACUACUGAAUGCUGUUUAUCUAAAGUGAGAAGAGAUGCGGAGCCAAUAUGUGUUGAAACUGAAAGCAGAAUUAAGCAGAAUGAUCGAGAUAUACAAGCAAUUGAAAAACAGAAAGUACAAAGUCUGGAAGCAUCUUCUUUGUCUGAAUUUAUAACAGAAUUUGAUUCUUUAAAAAGAAAUAAACCAGCUGAUAGUUCACAAAUGAGUAAAAGUGUCACCAAGAAGAAUACUUGUGAAGCAUUAUUUCAAAAUAGAAGUGCACAAAAAGUUCAGAAGUCUAGUUCAAAUCAACUCAUGUUGUUUUCUUCCAAUGACAGCAAGUCUUUGCCAUCUUAUGAUUUCCCAAGCUCAUCAGCAGCUAGCCAGAUAAGAAUACAAAUUACAAGAGAAUGUAUGGUUCCAGAUGACAAUGUUUUAUCACAGCAGUACCAACCUUUGGUAACAGACUCUUCUGAUGGAGAACAUCAUUCUCAUUCUUUAUCAUUAGAAUGUGAUUCACUUCCCCCAGCUAAUGUUCAAGAAAUUUGGGAUAAAUCACUGCUGGCUGAACAGCCAAUAGAUUUGCGAAUAACAAGAAAUAUUGAUCCUGUCCCUGAGGAGAGAAUGGUGGUAAACAACAAAGUUUCAAAUGAGUUAAACACAGCAGUUGAAGACCAUCCUUUAGAGUGUCAGAAUUCAACAAAAACAUCAGAUGAAAAAGAAGCUGCUAACAGUUCUAAAGCUCAAGAAGUGGAACAACUCUUAGAAAUAAAUGAUAAUCAACAAAAUAAUUUCAGAACUUAUACCAUUCUUAGAUCCUCAACCUGUAAAUCUCCAGCCAUUUCUGAAAAAACAAAUUCUAUUUUGGUUCCUACUGAGUCCUCAAAGUCUAGACCCUGCAUUGAAAACCAUUCACAUGUUAAAACUUCUAAGGUGCAUGAGGAAUUUAUUGUAGCUCGCUCUACACAGGGAAAUUCCUUUGAUGAAGGAAAGUCUGUUUGUGAAAUCUGCCACAAAAGUUUUCGAAAACCAAGUAUGCUUCGUUUACAUCUUAAUAUCCAUUACUUUGAAAGGCGUUUUCGCUGUGACAGCUGUGCAUUAUCCUUUCACACAAUAGGUCAUCUGCAGAAACACAAACGCUCUCUAAGCCAUAACAACAAACUGAACAGGAAUUUAACUUUUGGCUCUGUGACAGCUGAUAAUCCACGCCCUUUCAAGUGUUCUGACUGUAAGAUAGCUUUCAGGAUUCAUGGACACUUGGCCAAACACUUGCGCUCCAAGAUGCACAUAAUGAAGCUAGAAUGUUUGGGGAAGCUUCCUUUUGGCUUAUAUGCAGAAAUUGAACGUUCUGGAGUUAAUGUGAAUGAAAUUGACACUACAGACUGUGAAAACUCCCUUGAGAGUCUCCAGGUGAUGGCUCAACGUCUUUCCAGGCAGGAACCAGACAAUCUUCACUGGGACACUGCCAGUUUUAGUUCUUCAGAAGAAGAAGAUUGCAGACAAAGUCCAGCAUGCACUGUCUUUUCAGAAGUUCAAGCUGUUUCCUGUAGUGAUAGCUUAGUGUCUACUGCAGUCCAAUCUUUGGUGUUAAGCCAGAAGUUAAUGUCAUCAAAAUCUGAGGUAAAAAUUGAGCCUCAAGAUAAUGAACCAAUCACAAUUAGUAGACAGUUCAAUAAAUCUGGUCAAAAGGCUUUAAUUUGCCAAGUUUGUCAGUUACUCUUCAGCAGCACUGAAGAGAUCAAAAAGCAUAUGUCUAGUUCCCACCAAGUAGUAAUCAGUGGAACUGAAACUUUUAUCCAUGUACCACAAAGCAAGUCUUCAAAAUCUGAACAACUAGAUGUUAACAGUUAUUUUCCAGCAAGUAGCUCAAACGUUUCUUGUAGUAUGUAUGAUAAGGAGUUUUCUAGUCAGGAGACACUGCAGAAUCAUGUUUCAGUAUCUCAACACAAGCAACCUUUUGACUGUACUGACACCAGCUGUGCUGGGUGUACUUAAUCUACUUGUAUAUUCUUGAAUUACCUAUGUCAUAAUGUAGAAAUGUUACAUAUUUCAUAACAAGACGUCAAUCAUCGAAUAUGUAGCUGUUGAAGUUAAGAAAAUGCUACAAUUGUAUCUGUCUGU